GUUUGACAUGCGUACUGUGCGUGUGGACUUUGUGGAGUGUCUGAUGCGUUUCCUCCCCACUGAGGGCGAGGUGAAGAUGCUACGGCAGUACGAGAGGGACAGAAAGCCUGUGGACACACUGAGCGAUGAGGACCGCUUCAUGUUGCAGUUCAGCCGCAUAGAGAGACUGGCCCAACGCAUGUCCAUCAUCACCUUCAUGGGCAACUUCCAGGACAACAUACAGAUGCUCACACCGCAACUCCACGCAAUCAUCGCUGCUUCUGUGUCCAUCAAGUCCUCCCAGAAACUCAAGAAGAUUCUAGAG